AUGGCGCGGUGGAGUGGGCAGAUCAUGUGCUUCAGAGUGGGUCACUUUCUACUCGUGGGUCACUUUCUACUCGUGGGCAACUUUCUACUUACCGACGACUCCGACACAUUUUCAUUCGUGGCGCUCGGAGGUGGCCGAGAAGUUGGCCGAUCAUGUCACGUCAUCUCGUUCAAAGGCAAGACUAUCAUGCUCGAUGCCGGCGUGCAUCCUGCCCAUUCCGGCCUCGCCUCCCUGCCUUUCUACGACGAGUUCGAUCUCUCAACCAUUGACAUUCUUCUCAUUUCACAUUUCCACCUGGACCACGCUGCUUCUCUCCCUUAUGUGAUGCAGAAGACCAACUUCAAGGGCCGGGUAUUCAUGACCCAUCCCACCAAGGGUAUUUACAGAUGGCUCUUGUCCGAUUUUGUGCGAGUCACCUCUGGAGCCGAAUCGGACCCAGAUCUCUACUCGGAGGCCGACCUCACCGCCUCGUUCAACAAAAUUGAAACCAUCGACUACCACUCCACCAUGGAGGUUAACGGAGUCAAGUUCACAGCGUACCAUGCCGGUCACGUGCUCGGAGCAGCCAUGUACACGAUAGAAGUCGGUGGCGUCAAGGUGCUGUUCACCGGCGAUUACUCUCGAGAAGAGGACCGUCACUUGAACCAGGCCGAGGUGCCGCCCAUGAAACCAGACAUUCUCAUUUGUGAAAGCACAUACGGCACCGGAACUCACUUGCCGCGUCUAGAACGUGAGCAGAGACUGACGGGACUGAUUCACAGCACACUAGACAAGGGCGGAAAGUGUUUGUUACCAGUAUUUGCUCUUGGACGAGCCCAGGAGAUUCUUCUCAUUCUCGAUGAGUACUGGGAAGCCCACCCUGACCUCCAGGAGUUCUCCAUCUACUACGCCUCUGCUCUGGCCAAAAAGUGUAUCGCUGUUUACCAGACUUACAUCAACAUGAUGAACGACAACAUCAGAAGACGUUUCCGAGACCAGAAAACAAACCCGUUCCGGUUCAAGUAUAUCAAAAACAUAAAGAAUUUGGACCGUUUCGACGACAUGGGUCCCUGUGUGAUGGUGGCGUCUCCUGGAAUGUUGCAGAGCGGUGUUUCGAGGUCUCUGUUGGAGAGAUGGGCACCUGACCCGAAAAACACGCUCAUUUUGACGGGUUACUCGGUUGAAGGAACUAUGGCGAAACAGAUUAUCAACGAGCCUAAUGAGAUCCCCUCAGCUCAGAAUCCGGACCUGAAGGUUCCGCGACGUUUGGCGGUGGAGGAGCUCUCGUUUGCUGCCCACGUGGAUUUCCAGCAAAACUCUGAGUUCAUCGAUCUCGUGGAUUCCAAAAACAUCAUUCUGGUCCACGGUGAGCUCAACAACAUGCAGCGUCUCAAGGCUGCUCUUUUGGCCAAGUAUCGAGGCCUGAAGAACAGUCCUAGAGAGAAGACCAUUUACAAUCCUCGAAAUUGCGAAGAAGUCGAGCUCGCGUUCAAGGGCGUGAAGGUGGCCAAGACGGUUGGCAAAAUGGCCGAGGAAAAGCCGCAUGUUGGUCAAAUAAUUUCUGGAGUGGUUGUGCAGAAAGACUUCAAUUACGGACUCAUGGGCGUUGCUGACCUGAGAGAACACGUUGGACUGUCAACCUCUUCCGUUCUGGAGCGACAGACUGUGACGGUCAACGCAGGAGUGGAUCUGGUCAAGUACCAUCUCGAACAGAUGUUUGGAUACGUGGAAAUGAGAGAGACGGAGAACGUUAAGAUUGAGGAGAUGGAGGACGACGUGGCUGAGGAGGAGGAGGACAAGGAGGUGAAACAGGAGGUAGAAGAUGUGACCAUGGAGGGUGAAGUCAAGGAUGAGACCGCGGAGGAGGUCAAGAAGGAGGAGGAGGUUGCGGAGGAGUUCAAACAAGAGGUUGAGGGUGAUUCCGACACUUCUGCGGGAACCACAUUCGUCGUGAUGAACUCGGUCACAGUGAAACACACUCCCACAAGUUGCACCAUUGAAUGGGUGGGUUCCUGUCUCAACGACUCCAUUGCCGACGCUGUUCUGGCCAUUUUGCUGACAGUGGACAACUCCAGAGCGUCGGUGAAGAUGUCUUCCAAGCAAUGUGCCCAUUCUCAUGGCCAUGAAGACGGCCACUCAAACUCCUCUCUCGACGAACGAGUUCUGCAGCUGUCUUCGAUUCUGAAAGCUCAGUUUGGAGACUCGUACAUUGUUUCUGAGGAUGGCAAGUCGGCCAACAUCAAGAUCGACGCCAUGGAAGCCACGAUUUCCUUCUCUGAUUUGUCUGUGACCGGCUCACCUCCUCCUCUUGUUCAGAGAGUCCAGGUGGCUGUCGAUCGGGCCAUUUCGCUCGUCGCUCCUCUGGCUCAGAAGCUGUCGGCCGUGGACCUGGUUGAAGGUUUCAAGGCCAUUGAGAAUGUCAAGGAUAGGGAAGAGAAUGGGGAGGUGAAGGCAGAAGAUGAAGAGAAAGUCAAGGCGGAGGAGAAAGUCAAGGAGGAGGAGUAA